GUUUUCCUGGACACACCUACAAUUAUGCGAAUUAUGCUCCAAGUGACAACGGCAAACUGAGACGGAGUUUUUGGUGGCGACACAGACAAGAGGCGCUUCUGGGUCAUUCACGUGUGAAAUAAUUACAAAACAGCUCUGCGUGAAGUUUGAGGUAGAGAAACUUUCUCAGUGAUAGUAAUUUCGUUCGUGUGUCGGUCCGCUUGUUAUUUAUUUGCAGCUAUUCGGUAACACAUGGAGCGUCAGGACACUGUUAACGAUUGAGAGCACUUGGUGGAGGGAGAGAGAGAGUGGGCGUCCGCGAAUCUUUUCUUGCCAGGGGUGUAAUCAUUAGUCCAAAACGUUUUGGAACGAAAAUCGUUUAUUCCAAACGGGAAACGGGAGUUUCUCAAUAGGCACAUUUAGGAAGGUCCUUCCCCGUUUCGUUCCAUUUUCUUCCGUUUGGUUUCUAGUGAAUACACCCCUGGCAACGCUCCGAAAUCACAAGUGAGACGCUCAAGCUAAACCAAACCUAAUCGAACUGAGACUUAACAUAUGGUUCAAACAGAGGACUUUACUUCCCGGGACAGAGAACCGUUUGGAGCCGAAGUCAUGAAAGCACAGGUGGCAGAGUAACCGCAGGACAUCGAGUCUUUCCUCCAGACUCUCUCUCUCUCUCUCUCUGUCUCUCUGUCUCUCUCUCUCUGUCUCUCUGUCUCUCUCUCUGUCUCUCUGUCUCUCUCUCUGUCUCUCUGUCUCUGUCUCUUUCUCUGUCUCUCUCUCUGGCUCUCUCUGUCAAUUCAAUUCAAUUCAAGGGCUUUAUUGGCAUGGGAAACAUGUGUUAACAUUGCCAAAGCAAGUGAGGUAGACAACAUACAAAGUGAAUAUAUAAAGUGAAAAACAACAAAAAUUAACAGUAAACAUUACACAUACUGUCUCUGGCUCUCUCUCUCUGGCUCUCUCUCUGGCUCUCUCUCUCUGGCUCUCUCUCUCUGGCUCUCUCUCUCUGGCUCUCUCUCUCUGGCUCUCUCUCUCUCUGGCUCUCUCUCUCUCUGGCUCUCUCUCUCUCUGGCUCUCUCUCUGUGUCUCUCUCUCUCUGUGUCUCUCUCUCUCUCUCUCUCUCUCUCUCUCUCUCCUCUUCCAUUUACCAUACCCGCUUGGCUUCCCUUCUGUAGUUUCCUACCUGCACCUAUAUAACUCCUUCCUUCCAUCCGGCCAUCCAUCCUUCCUUGAGUCUCCCUCCAUCCGGCGGCGCUGCCAUCAUGCGUCGGUUCAGCUCCGAGGGGUCCCUAUUGAAUAUGGACUUCCUGCCGUGGAAGAAGGUGGAGCUUAAGGACCAGAACUACCACAGCCGGGACGGGGAGUCAGGCACCUACACCCCCCACCUGGGAGAGGACAAACUGGAUGGGCGAACCACCUCUCUCCCCCCUACACCCAUCAUCCUGGAGCCUGAGGCCAGCCAUGGGAGAACACCGGGGAGGGGGGAGCUGGGCAAGGAGCACAGCGUCAGCGUGGAGAACGUCACAGAACUGGGGAGGCCAGAGGGUAAGGGUCAUCUGAGAGUGGUGAACCUCAGCGAAGGAUGCAGGGCGUACAGUGACGGCCAGUUGGCGCCGGCGACUUCGAGUAGCAGCACAGAGAGCGUGGGCAGGCACGACCGGCCUCCGCCCUCUCCCUCGUACUCAACCUUUGACUCCAGCCCCUUUUCCUUCAAGUCACAGCAACGGUCCCACGCCAGAGCCAAGCUGUCAGCAGCCAAGCUACAUCUGAAGAGCCUGUUUGGGCAGAGUCCCCAUUCAUCACACUCCAACCUGUUUAACCCAGAACAGAAAGACCGUGUUAAAGAGCAGCGGUCGCGCCUCCCGUUCCUUCGCCAAUGGAGUCAGCUGGGCCACAGCAAGGUCCAGUUCAGCCGGGAGGAACUGGAUAAGUGGGCUGAGUCGCUGGACGCCCUCCUGGCUAGUCGGACCGGUGUGUCUGUGUUUGGAGCAUUCCUUCGCUCAGAGUUUAGUGAGGAGAAUCUACAGUUCUAUCUGGCCUGUGAGCAGUACAGAAACUCCUCCAACAACUUCAGCCUGCACAGACGGGCCAAGGAGAUCACGGUCACCUAUAUCGAGGCGGGGGCACCGCGAGAGGUGAACUUGGACAGUAAGACCAGAGAUCUAACCACACAGCUCCUACAGGCCCCAUCACACACCUCCCUGUCCCACGCCCAGAAACGCAUCUACUCCCUCCUGGAUACAGACUGCUACCCUCGCUUCCUCCAGUCCGACAUCUACCUCACCCUGCUGGGCCAGGCUGACUAGAGACUAAGGACUCCAGUCAAUCCAUAUCGCCAAAGUUCAGCACUAUUUGACAUUUUUAAUGGCAAUGUUCCUUCGUUCGCGGAGCAUUUCACGUUACAAAAUGAAUGGAGACCUAAGGCAGCAUCCCUGUGGCUGCAUCCCUAAGGCAGCAUCCCUGUGGCUGCAUCCCUGUGGCUGCAUCCUUAUUCUCCGCUCUUCAUCCCGAAGUGCACACUUUUGUAGAUACGGAGCAGUGGUGGGGACAGUUGUAGGAGAUACAGUUACCAUGCAGAGUUAAAGAGGGUUUAAAGGGGUUUAGUCAUUCCAGUAGAUGAGCAGACUGGUGUUCAUUAGGGCAUGGAACAGAAGCACUUGCAAAACUUUUUUAUUUAUUUUUUAAACAGAAAACAAGAGUGUCUUUUUAUUGGACAAGUCCAGAUAGUCCCUCCCUGUUUCAGUCAGGUUUUUUCUUAAUUCGAUGCCUAAUGAACAUGACCCAGGUUUUUGUACUGCUUGGGGUGUGAAAGGGGCUUAAGGGAGGUAAAAGCAGGAAAAGCCAUGGGGUUUGGAUGGAAGGAGCUUGCCAAGCGAUAAACUGAGGUUACAGGACAGGUUUUUGUUUUUUCCAUGACUUAGAGGGUGCAACCCGAGGUGGCGUGAAACUAUGCAGAUCUCAAUGUUUGUAAUCAUUAAACAUCCUCUUUUUAACUCGAUAGGUCCCCCACGGUCCAAUGGGCAUGUACGGAAUAGUGGCAACAGAAAGGAAAAAAAACAGCCAAGACGGAGCUCUAGUUAAAGAACUUUGAGUUACUUGCAGUGCCUUUACAAAGUAUUCAUUCAUUCAUCCCCUUUCUCUCUCUCUGUCUCUCACUCUCUCUCUGUCUCUCUCUCUCUCUCUCUCUCUCUCGACGUGUCUCUCUCUCAUGUUGUUACAACCUGACUUGAAAAUGUAUUAAAUAACUUAAAUAUUUUCUAACCUAUGUACACACAAUAUUCCAUAAUGACAAAGUAAAAACACAUUUUUUUUAAUUAUUUUUUUUACAUAAGUAUUCACACACCUGAGUCCAUACUUUGUAGAAGCACUGUUGGCACCUCUCUGUGUAAAUCUCUUAAGAGCUUUCCACACCUGGAUUGUGCAACAUUUGCCCAUUAUUCUUUUUUAAAUUCUUCAAGCUCUGUCAUUCUUGCUAGACAACCAUUUUCAAGUCUUGCCGUAGAUUUAAGGUAAAACUGUAACUCGGAACAUUCACUGUGGCUUGGUAAGCAACUCCAGUUUAGAUUUGGCCUUGUGUUGUAGGUUAUUAUCCUACUGAAAGGUGAAUUCAUCUCCCAGUGUCUAGUGGAAAGCAGACUGAACAAGGUUUUCCUCUAGGAUUUUGUCUGUGCUUAGCUUUUUAUCCUUUUAUCCUGAAAAACUCCACAAUCCUUAAUGACAAGCAUACACAUAACAUGAUGCAGCAACCACUUUGCUUGAAAAUCUGGAGAGUUUAUCCCAAACAUAUCACUUUGUAUUUCCCGUACAAAAAGUUAUUUUCAUUCUGUCAAUUAGGUUACUUUUGUGGAGUAACAACAAUGUUGUUGACCCAUCCUUAGUUUUCUCCUAUUACAGCCAUUAAACUCUGUAACUGUUUUUAAAGUCACCAUUGGCCUCAUAGUGAAAUCCCUGAGCAGUUUCCUUCCUCUCCGGCAACUGAGUUAGGAGGUACACCUGUAUCUUUGUAGUGACUGGAUGUAUUGAUACACCAUCUAAAGUGUAUUUUAACAACUCCACCAUACUCAAACGGAUAUUCAUUGUCUGAGUUUUAAAAAAUCUACCAAUAGGUGCUUGUUUGAGGCAUUGAAAAACCUCCCUGGUCUUUGUGAUUGAAUCUGUUUGGUUAUGUGUAUGUGUGGGGUACAGAGAUGAGGUAGUCAUUUAAAAAAUAAUUAUGUUAUGUGACUUGUUAAGUACAUUUUUAGUUCAGAACAUAUUUAUAUGUAAACUUUUCCAUAACAAAAGGGUUGAAUACAUAUUGACUAAAGACAUUUCAGCUUUUCAUGUGUAAUUCAUUUAAAAAAAAAAACAUCAUUCCACUUUGACAUUAUGGGGUAUUUUGUCAGUGAUUAUUAUUAUUAUUAUUAUUGUAUUUAAAAAAAAUCUUAAUUGAAUCAUUUUGAAAUUUCAGGCUCUAACACAAUGUGGAAAAAGUCAAGGUGUGAAUAUGUUCUGAAGGUGCCGUUUUGUGUAUAGUGUAUAGUGUGUGUGUAGUGUGUAGUGCAAGUGAAACCCAACACAGUUCACACUGAUAGAGGCCCGCUCAAGGAAGUAGCCUUUUUAAAGACUCUGGGGGGAGCAGUUUCCUUCAAAUACAUCCCUCAGAUGAAUGGUUUUAUUAACACAUCAAGACAGAUCAUUUGUUGCUAGAUCGCAAAUCAUUUGGCACUACUAGAUCAUUCAAAAGCUUUAUCGCUUCCAAGUAGGCCAUCUCACAGUAACUUUGUACCCAAGUAGGGAAUGUGCCCCAUCAGGCCUUGGCAAACAAAACUCAGUGUUGGUUUGAUGCUGUUCUUUAUAGGACUGCAGUGUUCUGAACCGUAUAUGACAACAGACUCCAUUUGUGGGAAACCAAGAGAGACAGAGAGAAACCCUUACACUUCAUGCUACAUUUGUAAAUAUUUUAAACAGAAAUCUGAAGAGAAUCCAACAGAUAAACAAAGGAUAUGAUUUAUUUCAAGUGUAUCAUUUGUUUGUACUGUCAUGUUAAAUGUUGGUUGUCAGACUAUUUUAAAUAAAAAUAAAUCCAGAUUUUUGUACAUAU